AGAAUAAUGAUGAUUGGAUUUGAAAAAUCUUUAAUACGGAGUAUAAGUUAUAGUUGAUAAUAAAUAAAUAAAAAGUACGUUUUCAUAUUUAUAAAUUGUGAAAGUAUGAGAUGAAUAUGUAACUACCAUGAAUAGUUUAAAUUCCUUUCAAGAAUAGAGAGCUGAAUGGUCGCCGUCAGCGAUGGUUGAACCCUAGCGGCUGCAUCCACUUGUGACGCCGGUUGGCUGUGGUUGCAGUGUUUCUUCUCUCUUCAUUCCUCAGCUUCAGGUCUCUUUGUUUUUUAUGGUUUCAUUUUUUCCCAGUUUGGUUUCAGAUCGAACAGUUUUGUCUCGAUUUACUCACGCGUCUUGUUGCAUCUUAUCGUUUAUCCGGCGUCUCGUUUUGUCGAGGGUAACCUACGUUCAAUUUGAACAAGUUUUUGCUUGUUUGCUGAUCUUUUCGUUGAAGGGUCUGUUCUUGGUUGUUGGUUGUGAGUUUUGUUCUUACUGCCAAGAAUCCGUUUUGGUGGGCUGUGAAUUCUGGAGACAGCUUAUGUGAGGAGGUUUUCUCCCUUUUGUUUGGCUGUCGUAGUCUUUGUUUUCUGCAGAUUCUUUGGGAUAGUUUGUCCACUGUUUUAGUCUUAUUACUUUUCAAUGGAUAUGUUGCUUGAGAAUUACAACAGAGUCACCAUUGAUGAGGAAGAAAACAGGGGGCUGGUCCUAGAAGUUGACCCGAUAGGGGGUGAUGGCAAGGUUGGAUGGGCAUGUUCCUUCUAUGCCGUGGCAAGGGUGAUAAUAAGUAAUAAACCAUGGCUAUGGUUUGGAGACCGGUUCGGGGAGUCACAAUUGAGGAAAUUGGCGCUUCCAAGUUUCUCCUCCAAUUUUACCAUGAAAGAGACAUUACCAGAGUUGUUGAGGAGGGACCUUGGUCUUUCGAGCAUAAUUUAGUGGUUAUAAGGAGAUUAGGGCGCAUUGAUAGGCCUCUUGAUGUAUCAUUGGGCCGGGAAGAUUUUUGGAUUCAGGUUCACAAUCUGCCUAUAGGAUACAUGACGGUUAAAGCAGCACGGGGAAUUGGGAAUAGUAUAGGGACCUUUGUUCAAGUUGAUUAGCGCACUCUCGGGGGAAACAUAGAUGUAUUCUGCGCAUAAGAUUAACAAUUAAUAUAAAUGUGGCUUUAAUUAGGAGAUUGAAGAUUUGCAAGGAAGGGGACAAUUGGAUAUGGGCGGAUUUUCGAUAUGAAAGACUUCCAAACUUCUGUUUUUCAUGUGGGAUUCUUGGACAUGUUGACCGCUUUUGCUCAUUUAAUACACAUAACGGACCUCGGAUUGGAGUGAAGCCAUAUGGGGCAUGGCUACGAGCAGAUACGAGACGAGGCCGUGUGCAUACAGAGAACAAGUGGUUGAUUCAUAGUGAAAACAUAUUCAAUGCUCAACAGGAGGUUUUGGAAAGCUUGGAUAUCCCGAAAAGAGGUUCGGCAGAUCAAAGUAGUCACAUAGUGGAGCGCUUAAUCUCAGUUUUAUUAAUUAUUAAGUUAUCUAUUUUCAAAAAAAAGUUAUAGUUGAUAAUACUCAGUUUUAGGAAAUUUAUCACUUUUUCAAUGGGAUUAUGAUGUUUUUACUUGGACUGAAAUUUGUCGAUCUGGUUUGGUCUUGUAUGUUCAAGUCUGAUCUGGUUUGAACUGGUCCGAUUUGG